UGCCAGUGUUGCCGGACAGUGCGUUCAGAUAUGGACUUCCAGAGGAUCCAUGAGUUCCUGUCUCGACUUCGUCCAGAGUUUGAGCCUCGUCGUGCUCAGUUGUUUGCUCGAGGCCGUGUUCCUAUCUCAGAGCUGCUGACUGAGCUUCGUGCUGAGGAGACUCGUCUGCGUGGUGCUGGACUGCUUGGGACACCCUCUGUUCUUGCUGCUCGAGUUCCCACUGCUCCUGCACCGCCACUUCUUCCUACACCAGUGCCUGCUGCUUCUGGAGGAGCCCGCUCUUCUCGCGGUGGGGGUCGCUCUCGCCCUCCUCGGUUCUGCACUCACUGUCGGAGGCCUGGUCAUCUUGAGUCUGACUGCUACCAGAAGCAACGGGGUGUGCCUCCUCGUGCUCCACCCUCAGCACCUGUCACCACCGGCUUCACCGAGCAGGAUAUAGUGAGACUUCAGCGUCUCCUUGCCUCCUCCGGCUCUGCUUUGACGGGUACUGCUGCCUCCGCGGCUGUUUCCUCUCCACAGUCAGGACACUCACACUCGGGCCCUGGUUGGGGCUGGCCCUCGGUGCCGUGACUCCCAGGGACUUUGGGAGCUUGACUGGCUUCAUGUUCCUUCUUCC